CACUGCAGGCUUCCUCCCAAACUGGCAACACAGAAGGAGCCACUCUGCUGUCGUCACUCAGUCGGGAGGAAAAUGGCGACCGCCUAUGAAAGAUACAAUUUGCACACAACCCCUGAGAAGUUCUUCAUCGAGGCGUGUGAUGAGGGCGCCGACGCCGUCCUGGUCAUUGACCGGGUUUCCAACGAGAUGACCCUCACAGGUAGGCAGGAUGUCCCUCCGUCUGCCGUCACCAGACCCAUUUGUGGGAUCAUGGGAACUAUUCGCCUGGUUGCAGGGAUGUACCUGAUCGUCAUCACCAGGAAGAGGAAUGUAGGCAACCUCCUGGGCCACUCUGUGUGGAAGGCUGUGGACUUUGAUGUGAUCUCCUAUAAGAAGACGGUGCUCCAUCUGUCAGAGAUACAGUCUCAGGAGAAUAAGACCUUCCUGGCGAUGAUUAACAACGUGCUGACUACAGACGGCUUCUACUUCUGCACUGACUUCGAUCUAACGCACACGCUGCAGCGCCUGGCAAACACCAGCCCUGACUUCCAAGAGAUGAGUCUGCUGGAGAGGGCAGAUCAGAGGUUCGUCUGGAACGGUAACCUUUUGAGGGAGCUGGCCGGCCAGCCUGAGCUGCACAGGUUUGCACUGCCUGUUAUCCAUGGAUUCAUCGUCAUGAAGCCGUGCCGCAUAAAUGGGAAGAUCUUUGAGUGGAUCCUCAUCUCCAGGAGAAGCUGCUUCCGCGCUGGCGUCAGAUAUUAUGUCAGAGGCAUCGACUCUGAAGGCCAUGCUGCUAACUUUGUGGAGACUGAGCAGAUAGUUUUGUAUGAAGGCGCCAAGGCUUCAUUUGUGCAGACACGAGGUUCUAUGCCGUUCUACUGGAGCCAGAGACCCAACCUGAAGUACAAACCCAAACCAGUGAUCAGCAAAACCAUGAACCACAUGGAUGGUUUCCAGAGACACUUUGACUCACAGCUGCUCAUCUAUGGAAAGCAAACUGUGUUGAACCUGGUGAAUCAAAAAGGCUCAGAGAAGCCACUAGAAGAGGAGUUUGCCAAGAUGUCAUCCGGUCUAAACAACGGUUUGCUUAACUACUUGGCCUUUGACUUUCACAAAGAGUGCAGUCACAUGAGAUGGGAGCGCCUUCAGAUCUUGGUGGACGCCGUCGCUGAGGCCCAAGAGGAAUACGGCUACUUCAUGGUGAACACGGAUGGAAAGAUUUUGACCCAGCAGAAAGGAGUUUUCAGGAGUAAUUGUAUGGACUGCCUGGACAGGACCAACGUCAUCCAGAGCCUGCUGGCCAGACGCUCGCUUCAGUCUCAGCUUCUGAGGAUGGGAGUCCUGAAUGUGGGUCAGCGCAUCGAAGAGCAGGCCGAGUUUGAAAAAGUCUACAAAAACGCAUGGGCUGACAAUGCUAAUGCAUGCGCUGUGCAGUAUGCAGGAACCGGAGCCUUAAAAACAGACUUUACCAGGACGGGGAAGAGGACCAGGUGGGGGCUGCUGAUGGACGGCUGGAACUCCAUGAUCCGCUACUACAAGAAUAACUUCUCAGAUGGAUUCAGACAGGAUGCCAUUGACCUUUUCCUGGGGAACUUUUCUGUUGACGAGUCCGAUGGGCCCACUCCUCUCCGUGUGAAGAAGGACUGGAAGUUCCUAACGCUUCCCAUCGUCAUGCUGGUUGCGUUUUCCAUGUGCAUCGUUUCGCUCCUUCUGGCCGGUGACACGUGGACAGAGACCCUGGCUUAUUUCAUGUUCUGGGGCAGCGCCAGUGCAAUCACAGCAACCAUCAUCCUGUUUAACAGCCAGGACUUUGUGGACGCCCCAAAGUUGGUUCACAAGGAGAAGAUGGACUGAGUGCGUGGAGCCGCUGUGUGACAGCCGCUCCUCUACCGUAGCUUCAGAUCUGAUCCAACUGCGUGGCGAUUUCCGGACUUUUGUUUUUCUAAUGUUUGUCUGCAGCAAAGUCAACCUUCAGAUGUUUGUCUAUAACCUUGUAUUGAUCUGUAUGUUCACGCAGCUGUAUCAGUCAGUCUGUAUUACGGUUUCACAAGAAGGUUUUCAUCGUCUCUGUUGACCAAAAAAUACUUCUUACUGUCCGUUUCCAUUGGAGUUGUCUUUGUGUUGUUGGUUUGCUGCAUACCUUCAAAUGCCCUAAAGAAUUACCCCCCC